AUACCGAAUCAACACCAACCAUACCAAUACACCACCUUCUCUAAAUUCUCUCACUCAUUUCAUCCAACCCCUACGCUGCGCAAUUCGUUUUCGUUUCUUCAAAGUCAAUCAAGCAAAAAGGAGAUGAAGAUCGAGGUGAGAGAAUCAACGAUGGUGAGGCCGGCCGAAGAGACGCCAAGGAUAAAUCUAUGGAACUCAAAUGUCGACCUGGUUGUCCCCAAUUUUCACACACCGAGUGUGUAUUUCUAUCGGCCCAACGGCGCCGCCAACUUCUUUGAUCCGAAGGUGAUGAAGGAUGCGUUGAGCAGGGCCUUGGUUCCGUUUUACCCGAUGGGAGGCAGGUUGAAGAGAGACGAAGAUGGCCGGAUAGAGAUCGAUUGUCAAGGACAAGGUGUUUUGUUCGUGGAGGCGGAGUCUGACGGCGUGAUCGAUGAUUUCGGCGACUUUGCACCGACGUUGGAGCUCCGGAAACUCAUCCCGGCGGUCGAUUAUACCCUAGGAAUUGAAUCCUAUUCGCUGCUAGUCUUGCAGGUCACUUAUUUUAAAUGUGGUGGGGUCUCACUGGGAGUUGGGAUGCAACAUCACGCGGCUGAUGGUGCAUCUGGGUUGCACUUCAUCAACACUUGGUCCGAUUUGGCUCGUGGCCUUGACCUAACCGUCCCACCCUUCAUUGAUCGAACCCUUCUACGAGCCCGUGACCCACCCCAGCCAGCCUUUGACCACAUCGAAUACCAGCCUGCUCCUCCGAUGAAAACCGCACCCACACCCACACCCACCGAUGACGAAUCGGUUCCUGAAACCACUGUCUCGAUUUUUAAGCUAACACGAGACCAAGUCAAUGCACUCAAAGGAAAAUCCAAAGAAGAUGGCAACACUAUCAAUUACAGCUCCUAUGAGAUGCUCUCGGGUCAUGUUUGGCGGUGCGUGUGCAAAGCACGUGGGCUUCCCGACGAUCAGGAUACGAAGCUUUACAUUGCUACGGAUGGACGGGCCCGCCUUCGCCCGUCGCUGCCACGUGGCUAUUUCGGGAAUGUCAUAUUCACGACGACUCCGAUAGCGGUAGCGGGAGACCUACAGUCGAAGCCGACGUGGUAUGCCGCUAGUAAAAUCCACGAUGCUUUGGCAAGGAUGGACGACGAUUAUCUAAAAUCGGCACUUGAUUACUUGGAACUGCAGCCUGAUCUGAAGGCCCUGGUUCGUGGGGCUCAUACGUUUAAGUGCCCGAAUCUUGGGAUAACCAGCUGGGCUAGACUCCCGAUUCACGAUGCCGACUUCGGAUGGGGUCGACCCAUAUUCAUGGGACCCGGUGGAAUUGCUUAUGAAGGGUUGAGUUUUGUGUUACCAAGCCCAAUUAAUGACGGGAGCUUGUCGAUUGUGAUUUCGCUGCAAGCUGAACACAUGAAGCUUUUCAGCAACUUCCUAUAUGAUAUCUAAAAUGGUUAUGGCCAUGGCUAUAUAUUUCUCAUUAUUCCUAAAACCUUUUCCCAGACACAAUAUCGUUACAUGUCAAUGGAGGCUGAAACAGUCUUUCGUCAGCUUAUUGGU